CGGCACCGGCGGCGUCUGAGAGGCGGCGGUCGUUGUCCGGCGCGCAGGGAAUGCGCCUGUGAGGGCGGCGGAGGAGCGGGUGCGGGUGAAGCCCGGGCGGAGAGGAGCGGAGCGAUGUCCCAGCCCCAGCAGCCGCCGCCGCCGUCCCCUCAGCAGCAGCCGCAGCCGCCGCCUCCGUCCGCCUCCAAGAAGCGAGACCGGCGCAUCUUCUCGGGCACCUGCCCCGAUCCCAAAUGCCAGGCGCGGCUGUUCUUCCCGGCGCACGGCCCGCAGGGCAGCGGCAGCAUCGAGUGCACGGACUGCGGGCGGCGCCACGAGCAGCGGCAGCUGCUGGCCGUGGAGGAGGUGACGGACCCCGACCUGGUGCUGCACAACCUGCUGCGGAAUGCGCUGCUGGGUGUCAGCGGCGCCGGCCCGCCCCGCAGGAACACUGAGCUCGUCAAAGUCAAUGGCCUCUCCAACUACCACUGCAAGCUCCUGGCCCCCAUCCUGGCCCGCUAUGGGAUGGACAAGCAGACUGGCAAAGCCAAGCUCCUCACGGAGAUGAACCAGGGAGACAUCUUUGACUGCUCCCUCCUGGGCGACCGCGCCUUCCUCAUCGAGCCAGAGCACGUUGAAACCAUGGGUUAUGGGAAGGACCGCUCUGGCAGCCUCAUCUACCUGCACGACACCCUGGAGGACAUCAAGAAGGCCAACAACAGUCAAGAGUGCCUCAUUCCUGUCCACGUGGAUGGAGAUGGCCACUGCCUUGUCCAUGCAGUCUCACGAGCGCUUGUUGGCAGGGAACUGUUCUGGCAUGCUCUCCGAGAGAAUCUAAAGAAGCAUUUUGAGGAGAAUCUAAGCCACUACAAGGCGCUUUUCCAUGACUUUAUUGAUGCUGCAGAGUGGGAAGACAUUAUCAAUGAAUGUGACCCUUUGUUUGUUCCUCCAGAAGGUGUGCCAAUGGGCCUUAGGAAUAUUCAUAUCUUUGGUCUGGCCAACGUGCUUCACCGGCCUAUCAUCCUGUUAGACUCCUUGAGUGGAAUGCGAAGCUCUGGAGAUUAUUCAGCAACAUUCCUCCCUGGUCUGAUACCUCUGGAAAAAUGCAUGGGGAAAGACGGCAUGUUGAACAAGCCGAUCUGUAUUGCAUGGAGUAGCUCAGGACGUAACCAUUAUAUUCCUCUGGUUGGAAUAAAAGGUGCUGCUUUACCUAAGCUGCCUAGGAAGCUCCUUCCUAAAGCCUGGGGAGUUCCUCAAGACCUCAUAAAAAAAUACAUCAUGUUAGAGGAGGAUGGUGGUUGUAUUAUUGGAGGAGACAGAAGUUUGCAGGAUAAGUACUUGAUGAGGCUUGUUGCUGCAAUGGAGGAGGUUUUCAUGAGUAAACACGGUAUCCACCCCAGUCUUGUAGCUGAUGUGCAUCAGUAUUUCUACAGAAGGACUGGUGUAAUAGGGGUCCAGCCCGAAGAGGUCACUGCAGCUGCCAAAAAAGCAGUGAUGGACAACCGCCUUCACAGGUGCCUCAUCUGUGGGGCUCUUUCAGAGCAUCACGUUCCCCCAGAGUGGCUGGCUCCGGGGGGGAAGCUGUAUAACCUGGCAAAAAGUACUCAUGGCCAGCUAAGGCCUGACAAAAAUUACAGUUUUCCCCUGAACAGUUUGGUGUGUUCUUACAACCCUGUGAAGGAUGUGCUGGUACCAGACUAUGGCCUGAGUAAUUUGACUGUUUGUAACUGGUGCCAUGGUAACCUAAUGCGUCGUGUCAGAGAAGAUGGGUCUGUUUUGUAUAUUGAUGGAGACAGAACUAAUACUAGGUCUUCAGGUGGCAAAUGUGGCUGUGGAUUCAAACAUUACUGGGAAGGUAAAGAAUAUGACAAUCUGCCUGAAGCUUUUCCUAUAACUCUAGAGUGGGGUGGAAGAGUGGUGAGAGAGACUGUCUACUGGUUCCAGUAUGAAAGUGACACCUCUUUGAACAGCAAUGUGUAUGAUGUCGCCAUGAAACUUGUUACCAAGCACUUCCCCGGUGAAUUUGGUAGUGAGAUACUUGUGCAGAAAGUUGUCAACACAAUACUGCACCAAACUGCCAAAAAGAACCCUGAUGAUUAUACCCCUGUAAAUAUCGAUGGUGCUCACGCUCAAAGAGCUGAGGAUGUACAGCAAGGACAAGAGUUAGAGUCACAACUUCCAACCAAAAUCAUUCUGACUGGACAGAAGACUAAAACUUUGCACAAGGAGGAGUUGAAUAUGAGCAAGGCUGAAAGAGCUAUUCAGCAGAACAUUGCGGACCAGGCUUCUGUAAUGCAGAAACGGAAAAGCGAAAAAUUGAAACAAGAGCAUAAAGGGCAACCCAGGACUGCUUCUCCUGGGGCUGUUCGUGAGGGGCCCUCAUCUGCACCUGCUACACCAACCAAAACCCCAUAUUCUCCAACAUCUGCAAAAGAAAAGAAAAUUCGAAUAACCACCAAUGAUGGGAGGCAGUCAAUGCUUACUUUGAAGUGCACUACCACCUUCUUGGAACUCCAGGAAGGCAUAGCGAGAGAAUUUAAUAUUCCCCCGUAUUUGCAAUGUAUUCGCUACGGCUUUCCUCCAAAAGAGCUUCUGCCUCCCAAAGAAGGCAUGGAAAACGAGCCUGUUCCUUUGCAGCACGGUGACAGGAUUGCCAUAGAAAUUCUGAAGGGCAAGGAGGAAGGCAGGCAGGCUGCCUCAGCUCACUCAGCCCAUGCUGUGAAGCAUGAAGAUGUUGCUGUGACCAGUAAGAUCUCAUCGAAGGAUCUGCAAGAGCAAGUUGACAAGGAGAUGUAUUCGCUCUGUCUUCUGGCAACGCUCAUGGGAGAAGAUGUUUGGUCUUACGCAAAGGGGCUUCCUCAGUUGUUUCAGCAGGGUGGAGUCUUCUACAGCAUAAUGAAGAAAACAACAGGUUUGGCUGAUGGCAAGCACUGCACUUUUCCACAUCUGCCUGGUAAAAACUUUGUGUACAAUGCAGCAGAAGACAGAUUAGAGCUGUGUGUGGAUGCUGCUGGGCACUUCCCGAUCGGUCCUGAUGUUGAAGAGCUGGUUAAAGAGGCCUUAAGUCAAGUGCGAGCAGAAGCUACUUCAAGAAGCAGGGAAGCAAGUCCUUCACAUGGAAUGCUGAAGCUGGGUAGUGGUGGAGUAGUGAAAAAGAAAUCUGAACAGCUACAUAACAUAACUGCAUUUCAAGGAAAGGGUCAUUCCCUAGGAACUGCAUCUAGUAGUCAACAACAUGAUCAAAGAGCCAGGGAACCACCACUUUUAAGAAAGCAUAGCACAGAAACGGACUUCAGUCCUUCUGCUAAAAUUGAGCCUUCUGUAUUCACAGCUGCUUCUGGUAACAGUGAGCUUAUUCGAAUUGCUCCGGGAGUUGUGACAAUGAGAGACAGCAGGCAGCUUGACCCCACUUUGAUUGAGGCACAGAGAAAAAAGUUGCAGGAAAUGGUCUCUUCUAUUCAGGCUUCAAUGGAUAGACAUUUGCGGGAUCAGAAUACAGAGCAGUCAGCAUCAGUUGAUGUAUCUCAAAGAAAAGUAGAGGCAGUGAGUUCAACUGCUAAAACUGGGAGCUUUCAGGCUGCCUUACCCGAAUCAUUCUCUGCACCAAGUGGUACUGAACACUUGAAUACUGAAUCAACUGAUGGUAACAUGGUGAAUUCUGUGGGAACAGCAUUCCCUGCAAGGUCUAAAGCACAAAAGGGAAAUUCUGUUGAGGAGCUUGAGGAGAUGGAUAGUCAAGAUGCAGGAAUCAUUAAUGCAACUGAGCCAAUGGAUCAUUCUUGAUAAGUAAAAAUCUAAUAAGGGUAGAAGAAAUUACUGUUCAAAUGUAAUGUUUAUUGGCUGGGCCACACAAAGUGAUUAGUUAUUAAAUCUUGUAUGUAUGUCAAAGAUUAUAUCAUCUUAUUCAGUGCAUGAUAAGCAUGUGAUUGGCAAUAGCUUUCAAUAUUACCAUACUGCUGCCCAGGCUGGCUCUGUUACCUGUAAAUUAGUUAUUAGAAAAUGCACUGAGAUGAAUAUCUGCUGUACAUGUGGGUUCUUGAAAAUUCUUUGUAAUUUUUAGUUUCUUAAAAGUCUUAAAAUUUAAGCCCAUGCAAGGUUCUUACCAUGCUAGCUUAAGGUUACUGGAAGGGCUAGAAAAGCAAAACUAGAAACAUGGCGAAGUUAAUUCUGCCCCAGGUACUUAAUUCCAUUAAAAAAUACCCUAUUAUCAUAAAUUAGACAUAAAUUUCAAAAAGUAACUGAAACUAAACUUGUGCUCAAUUUGAUAAUGUAGCAUAUACAGUACUUUUAAUUACACUUUGUUGGCACUUCUCCAACUUAAUAACUUUUUCAUUCAUAUCCUCCUCUCAGAAAUCUUGGAAUAAGUAUAACUUUAUUAAACUGAAGUACAAGUUCUCCUAUUGUCAGGUAGAAAGCAAGUUAGAAAAAAGGCCACAUAGCAUAUGAUGAAGACACAUUGAAUGUGAUGUGGUUAUGCAUGGCUGUCUGAGCCAACACAACCAUUUUGGUGCUCUCUUGGUAGCAUUUCCUCCCAAAUACCAAACUGGUCAGGUGGUUGUGCAACUUUUGAGACAAUUACGGGAGAGACAUUGGAAAUUGCAAAGUAAGAGCAAAUAUUCAAUGGCAAAUCAAUUUCUUUUAGAAUACUUAGAUUGCUAGCAUUGGUAGAAAUGGCAAAAAUGAAAUAACAGCUGUCCUCUUAAGGGCAAAUUAACAAUUUAUUGGAAGGAAAUGACUCUCUAACACACAUUAUCCUGAAGUGUUUGGUGAUAAUUGAGCUUUUAGAAGUUCACUGUUUACUCUGUGGGAACAAGGGAUACAUGCUGUUUCAGUGUCUAUAAAGACUACCCACCUCUCUCAGCCUCACUUCAGUUUGUGCUGCAGAUUUCCCUGCAUCAGUGAUAAUAGAGCUGGUAUCCAUUUAAGUAGUGUGUUCAUCAGACCUGUAGUGCUAGUUUUUAAGAAGCAGCCAUUGUGCUUGCUCCCUAAGGAUGGAAUGUGUUUUUGAUACUGCACUUUGCUUCCUAUCUUCAUAGUCAUUUAAAUGCACUAUUGUUACUUCUUCUCAUGGUAAAAUAACAUUGAAUGGAUGAAAAGAUGCUAAUACAGCUUCAAAGGAAUUAAGAGCAUUUAAAUACUGAAGUCUGUGUUUGUGCACAUGUAGGUUUUUACCAGUUCACAAAUGUGGUUUGUGUUGUGUAUAUUUGUAUUCAGGAAAGUCUUCUCACUUUUUACAUUUCUAAUCACUUAAACAGCUCUAAAUCUUAGUAUGAUAAAAUGUCCCAUGGGGAAGGAUUUAUUUUUGUAUGUAGAACUGAAAUGAAGCAAGUCACUUAAAAAAUAGCCCUUCUCUUUUGUCAAGGUAAAUUAAAAUGACUCUGUUGGUUAACUUUUUAUGUAGAUGGUACAAAUAUUUUAUGAUUUCAUACACUACUUAGAGGUAAAAUAUAAUACCACAUUUUCACAAAUAAAUGAAAAAUGUUAAGAUCUCAAAUUGCUAUCCGGUAAGUUAGCAAUUUGGAAACUUGGAAUGUAUGAAGUAAUUGGCUUGCCAGAACUGACCUUGCUGAUGCACUGAUUAACUGGCAGGGCUUAUUCAAUGAGAAACAGGAUGCACAUGCAGCACCUGGAAGCCUGCCAUGACUUCUGAAAACAUUUAGUCUCCCAUGAAUCAGUGUAGCUCGCUGAAAGCUACAUCUAUAUAGAAAAUGUUGAGUAGAGGCUUGUGCUUUGUCACAGUGUUAAAAAAGUAUAGCAGUGACUUGUUCCUGGGAAAGAAUUUCAAUUGGGAGAGGCUGAGGGGGAGGAAUCGCCUGGAUCGCUUGCAUUUUAGACCAGGUAACCAAUGCUUUGACAGUUUUGACCUUUUCUUUAGGGAAAAAAGUCUCCCUUGGCUGGAACAAUAAUGAGCGAGCAGUGUAUAUGAGAGAAUUUCAAGUUUGAAAUAAAUUGAAGUAUUUAUUGCACAUCAUUCUUAUUUCAAGGAAAAAUGCUUACUUCUUUCAUGCCUUUCUGGUAAGACUGCAGAAGUUUGUGUGCCUUUUACUGUGUAAAGAGGAAGGCUUGGUUUAGUUUUGACACACUUCCCAUUUCAGCAGUAAUUUGACAUUUUCCUUCUUAUCUAAAUAGACAUAGAAACAGAUAAUAGCUCUGUUUGACUCAUCAUUAGUGUCAUCUUGGGCCCACUCAAGUCGUGUAAACCAAAACCCUCCAGUUCCUAAAAGAAGAUGGUCUCACAGAACUGGUAAAAUGGUGUCAGUCACAAGAUCCACUGGUGUGAAUUCUGGAAGGCAGGAUUGUGCAUAUUUCUUUGCAGUGUUCUUAUUUCACAUAGCUUUUUCUUGCUUUUAAUAUCAGUGGUUUUGAGAAAGAUCGAUCAGAUUGCCUUUGAUACUCUCAAGUGAAGCUAAACUUUAUCUACGUGCUAGUGAGAUAUGUGACUGUGCAGGAGAAGUGAAAUAAAGAACACUGAAGUGCAAGUUGGAACAGAUGUUUCAUUUGGUUGCUGGCAGUGGGUGCAAAUGUAAGUGGAGACAAAUCUGUGUGCCUGUCCAAGAAGCAUCAGUGUGCUUGUUAGAAUUCCCUGUUGGAGUCAGGAAAAUGCUGGUGAAGUACAAGGGCAGGAGAGACUUCAGCUCAUUGUGGAUGAGAAGAUGUGUCAGUAGGACUUCUCAAAUGUCAAGAAUGGUGCCCUUUUCUUGAAAAGUAAAGGCAACCAACCCAAAUUCUUGCUGCCAAAUUGCCUGUGGAAAGGGGGUGUGGUUUUGAGUACCCACCUUGAUUACUUUCUUAUCUGAAGGCCAAGGAUCUUCUAUGCUGUGUCUCAUGGCAAAGAAGACACAUUAUUGGAAAAUCCUAAAUGUUACUAUGGCUUAGUAUGAAUAACCCAAAGAAAAGAUGAUUGCUAAAAAUACAGGCCUAGUACAAAAAUAAAAAAAGGGAAUGAACUAGAUUGCUGAUGAGCAUAUGGGAAACCUCAGGAGAACAGAUCAGUUUUCCAAGACUUUUACUACUUCAAAUGGCUGGCUGCUUAGUUGACUUUUUGAUAGUGCUGUUUCUCUCUGAAUUGUUUGCAUUUCAGCGAGGGAAAAGAAAUAGCAGAUUUUCAAAUGAAAUCAAAGAAAUGUAUUUGGGAAGUCUUCCCUGUUGUAGUCACAAAACAGCUGUGUGCAUUGUUGGCUUUGUGAAUUCCAUAUAGUUUACGAGUCUUGUGCUGGCUGCAAAAUACAAGCUAGAUGUUGCCUCUGACAGAGUGCUCUAGCAGUGUCACAGAGGCACAGUGCCACAGGGCUAUGUGCUGACAACCCUGCAAGGCCAAAAUACUUGAUUUACGAUCUUUCAUAAAGUAGAAUCUGUUGUCAUUGUCACAGGGUUAGUGGAGUUGCUUGCUCCUUUUUCAAUGCGCUGAAAAUGCCAGGUAACAAAAUUCUUGGUAUGUUUACAGUUGGGAGAGUGAUGCUCAAUCUGAGUUGUAUGGAAAAUGAAUGAUUUAAGAAGAUGCCACUGUUAUCUUUACUGGCUCCUAUUUUAAAAUAUCAGAAUCUACAUGCUUUUGUAAAAUAAUAAUAAUAUGAAUAUGAAGUUAAUCCUUUUGUUAAAAAAAGCCACAACAGAGAGUGGUUUCUUUGUUUUGCUUGUGGAUAUCAGUUUAGCUUCAUGAAGAAGUUGCUUAAGAUCUUUAGAAUGCAGGAUUCCCUCUGAGCCCUUAUGCCUGUGGUUGAGCAAUAAAAGGUUGAAACAAGAGUGGUAUUUUCAGAGUUAUUUUACGUUUGAUGAGGAUUAUUGCCAAGAAAUGAAAGAGUGCACUUUUAGGAGGGAAUGCUAUUUAAAAUGUAUAAAUAGGAAUUAAAAUAGUGUAUAUAUUUAGAAAAAAAUCUUUUUAAAAAGUAAGUGCUUUACAUGUUGAAUUAAAAAUAAAUUAGCAUAGAAACUAUACCAUCUUCACAGUACUGGCUGUUAUCCAGCAAGGUUUGGUUUGUUCUAUUUGUGAUUGCUGUACUAAUUAUAUUUGAUUUUUUUAUCAGUAAUGUAACAAUAGUGUAUUAUAACAGUAUAUAGUGUACUAUACUACACUUCACUGUACAGUAUUUGGAAUUUUCUUUGAUUGCUAUAUUAAAACUAUAAGUUGAAACAUCUGCUUUGGUUUUAUAAGGUGUAAUUUUUAUCUAGCCUUUCACACAUUAGCUUGUUUAAUUGAUGCUGAUUUGCCUACAAAACGAGUCAGUUGAAAAUGUAUUACUUUCUACAUUUUGCAUAUAAAUUGCAUUAUACUUGCAUACAUGAAUACUAGUACAGAAGUUGAAAAACUGAUACAAUUCUUAGAAAAGUAAAAUCUGAUGUUACCUAUUUUCCUUUAGUAAUGGUUCUUUCUCAAAAUAAUUUUUUUGAGAGAAGAUAUCUUUAAGAAAAAAGUUGGGUGUUUUGACCUCAUGCCUAAUCUAAAUAUAUCAUUGAACACAUAGGACCUUUGAAUUUGAGAGAUUUCUAAACCAUAUAUGUUUCAUAUAUUUGAGACCAAAAUUCAAGACCUGAAUAUUUUUUUCAAAGUUGUCAUGAAGAUGUAGAAAGAUGCUGACCAAGUCAGCAUUUAAGAUACCUUGCAAUCUGUGAUUUGAAACGUUGGUCAAAGUGUAUUUCAAAGCAAAAUUUUAAUGCAUGCAUAUAAUAGUCAAGUAUGAAUAGUACAAUUUGGAAGAACUAGGCUUUUGAAAAUUUGGUAGUACUCAAAGAUGAACAUAUUGACAACUAUUUAAAUUAUCUCUAUGCUUUUCCCACCAGCUACAUGUGGUACUUUGUUUCACAAAUUUGCUUUAAUCAAAACUUCUGAGCCUAGAAACAAGCCAUAAAACCCAUCUGCAAAACUCUUGUGUUACUUCUUCCUGUAUUUACUGAAAGGCCUUAAUUCCAAGUGUCCUAGCAUUAAAGCAUUCUUUUAAAUGAUGGAUGUAAAUAAUUUUGAUUGCAUGUCAUAUCAUGAAGAAUUGAAAAUUAUCCUUCAGAAUAUUUGUAUUUCAAAAGCUUAAAUGAUUAAUGCUAAGCUAGAAAUCCGCUCAUCUUUAUUAAUACAGUACUUAUCAUCUUAGCCAAAAACAGUACUGAAUGUAUGAAGCAACAAAGUAUGCUUUCAAAGUGUUUUAAUUUUACUUCUGCAAUUAAUUGUACAGUCUUAAUAUCUGUCUAAAUUUUUAUUUUGGAUUGGAGUUGUUUGGUUUGGGUUGUUAUUUGUUGUUUGGUUGGUUUGUCUCAUUUUUUUCUUAUGCAUGUCCACAGCAAAUCUGUUGUAACAUCACUGUAAAACCCCAUCUUCCAGUCACCAUAAAACUCCUCAAAAUACAACCUUAUCCUUAGGGUCGGGGUGACAGUGAACCUUGGAUAUUCAUCAGCAUGUGUAGCGAGUUAUGGAAGGUGCUUUUGGUAUUACAAAGUCAAUUCUAACAUACUGUCUGCAGAAGUUAAUUGAAAUCAUGUUGCUUUGCUUGAUGUAGAGGCUUUGAUAAAUGUUGGCUUCUACUGGUUUGUGUAGUUUUGAGUAUUACUCAGAAAUGGAUAAAGAAAAGUAGGUGUUCAGAUUCACAGUAGACUUGAUGGCCAAGCUAACAUUGCAGAAACCCUGUUGCUGCAGGUGCUUUAAAAUGGAUUAUUUGGAUUUGAAUUACUUAAAUUGCUGUAUACUGGGUUAUUCUGAACCUCUGUUAACACAGAGGAAUUAGGCUUCAGUGUAAGCAUGACCUCUCUUGUAGUAACUUGCAGGCACUCUAAGAGGUUUCAGAAAAGACUAUUAUUCUUUGUUCUGUUGCUGAAAAACAUUGAUUAUGAGAUAGCUGCACAGACUUGUAUUUGGACUUUAUCCACCUCUAUUUUUAAAAGACUGCCUAAUUUUGUUUUCCACUGGAAAUAAUACUUCUAGUGGCUUGUCUUGCUGGUAGCAAAUCUAAUUUCACUUCUAAAGUGAUCCUGUAGGUCUGGACUGGGUCUGUGCUGUUUGGAAACUUGUAUUCAAUAAGUGAAAAAUUAAAAGAAAGAUGGCAGAUGGAAGGAAGUUACCAGAAAUUAUAAGUAGGUUUAAAUGGUGCUGUGGUUCGUAUUAGCCAACAGUCUGUGGAGUCUGGCUGGAUGAAAUGCAGUCACUUCUUACAAACCCACAAGGCACGCUUCAAGCAACUUCUUUCAGAAUAAUAAAACUUGAUUUUAUAGGCUACUUUGUCAAGUCAGUGUAUAAGAUUUUCUUUAAAAUGAAGUUUCUUUUAGAUUGUCACAUUGUUGUGUAAAUGUAAAGCAAUACUUGCCAGACACUACCUCCUGAUCUUAAAUUCCCCUUUCCCACAUGCAUUUGUGCUGCCUCUGCGAAUCCUCAAGAGGUCUGACACUGGGCUGCCUUUUCUGCUUGCUUUUCAUCUGUCUCUUGAAUUUUAUUCUAUAUCCUUUUUGCCACGGAUGUGUUUGCAAGUUUAUUGUCCUCUACUUAUACUGUGCUUCUUAGAGACAGUAAGAGGCAACAAAUGAUCGAAUUUCACACAAAGUAGUCUGAUGUGUAAGAAAACCUUAUUACAAGCACAGAAACCUUAUAUGGCACAGAAAGGAACAAAGGGAGAUUCCUGGGAGAUGGGAGUACUUUCCUGCAUAUUCAGAAGGGAAGAAGAUGCAUAAGGAUUUAUCAGUGUUUGUAAAAAUUCACCUUGUAGUUUGGUAGGCAGUCAUGUUUUAUGUUGUUCCAUCUCCAUGGUGGAACUUUAGAAGCUGCAGUGACUCACUCCAAAUCUGAGGAUUUCCCUGAGAUCCAACUUUCUUUUCUCCCGGGAGCAGAAGCUGCCAAAUAUAUACAUUUCAGCCCCAUGGGAGAGAAGGGGUGAGACCUUGCCACACAUUGCCCCAUGAUGAUGUAGGUUUUGUGGCAGUGAGAAAAAAGCCAAAACACACAGAAAAGGCAAGAGCCUAACUUAAACACAUGGAGAAUGAAAUAACUCUUAUUUCUAACUAUUUGUAUGCUCAAAUCUGCCCAAGCAUAUUGCUCAGUGCAUACCAAAUCCUACAUCUGAUCACUGCGCAUACAAGAACACUACUUCUUUCUCCACUGUGUCUUUCUUAGAAUAAGGCCCUUCCUGGCUUCCUAAGACAGAUGCUGGAAAUAGCAAUUAUUUUUGCAGGCAACAAACAGGAAUGCAGAAAAUAAAGGUCAAGAGUACCUGCUUCUUUUUGCUUUCAAAAUAAGAAAAGUCAAGGCAUGGUACAAUGAAAAAAAACAAAUGCCACUAUUUAUUAAUUUAUUCCCUCUGUUUUUCCUAACUGUAACCACUUCUUUACCCUGCCACAUUCAUAACUUUUUUUUUUGUUUAUUUUCUUCCCUGCAUUUGAGGUCAGCUGAGCUAGCCCAUUCCCUCCUUUGUCUGGUAACUUUGGACUCUCGGGUCUCUAUUAAGUCAGCAGCCCACAAAUUCCCAGUUAUCUAUUGCCAUUGUGAAAUUUAUUAUUUAACAUUUUGUUCCUUUCCAACCCUAACCCUGAGGUUCUACAUUGUAAACUCUCAUAAACUCGCAUCUUUCCACAAACUCAGAAAAUACAUUUACAGUAACUGAAGACCUUUCAUGUACACCUGUUCUGCCUGGAGAAGUGAAGCCAGGAUGGAGGUAUGCAGUCUUUUGUAUCUGUAAGCACCCUCUGAUUUCUCUACUCUCCUCUUGCUGGAAUUCUGCAGGGCAUGGGAGCAACACUGCCUUUUUUAAAGAGGCAAACUACUGUUAAUGCGAGCAGCAGGGGCCAGCACCUCUGGAAGUGCUGGUUGUGAUCCUGGCAGAUUUGUCUGUGUGGUUCCUAUUUUUGUAAUUAGUGUUGGGAGUCUUGUUGCUAGUUUGGAAAGCUGGCAAUCAAAACACUGUUCUUUUUAUAAAGUAGUUUUGAUUUUUGGGUAGAAAGUCAAGCAAGUACUUUUCAUCUAUCACCAGGAUACUCUUGAAUUUAGGCUGAAUCUAGGCUUGCCUGAAUCUAGAUCAGGCAGUUGCCAGGACACAGUUACUGCUGCCUGCCUGUCAGUUGGCUCAGUCUGGCUCUGAUAGCUUUAGUCCCUCUCUUUAAGAGUAAUUGUUUACUCCUGGAGUUGAUAAAAAUCUACGAAUUGACUUCUCUUGCAUUUCUAGAGAUGACUUGCUAGGAUGUAAUUCUAAAACCAUGGGGUAGUGCUGGUACCUGAUUAACAGGUGACUUGCAUAUGUCCCCUUUGGUCUUCAAAGUUGUAAAUAUAUUGGUGAAAUAGUUGUUUUAAAACAUUUGCAUACUUGACCAGGACUAGUAAAAAUAUUUCUCUAUAAUUUCCAAAAUAAACAACUGGCAUUUGAGAAAUUAGAAAGGUUGUUAACUGAGAUUAAUAUUAUAAUCUAAUCUUGCAGUGGUAUGAUUACUAAUUAUUGUGAGAGUUGAUAGCAAGAAGACAGGUAAUGUCUGGGUGUAAACAGGAAUGUUUUUCCCUCUUUCAUUGAUUCAAGGCUGUUCCACUUUCAGCCCCUAAAAGGUAGUAUUUGCUUGUACAGUGCCUUAUUUAAGUGAAUGCUCAUGCCAUUGAAACUGUAGGGGAUGUGGUUGCCAAAUGAAAUUUGUCUCUUUAAAGGAACGCUGUCAAUCAGUCUAGCUGCCACUGUACUUUGCACAGCAGAUGAGGUGAGGCUUAGAGCUUGGUUUCAAAGUGACAGCAUCCAGCUGAGCUCUGGAAUGACACCUUUUCCUUGCACUCUGUGUAAGUGGAUCCUAGUGUUGGUCUCUGGCAGGGCUAUAUCCCUGGAGCUGCUUUACUGGUCUUCUGAGCCUGGGAACUGUUGUUGUUUUUUUCAGUCCAAGGCUUGAUUUCAAGGCCACCUCAGAAUUCUUUCAAUAGUUGUACAGCCUCCUUGAUAAGCUGAUAUAGGCUGCUUUGGAAACAUGCAAGAUGUUUUGAGUGCAUGAUUGUCAGGAAGGUUAAUGCACCAGAAUAAAUUCUGAGCGCAUUCAGAUACACUAGAUUAUUUUGGUAUUUUUGUGAUAUGGUAGCCUUUAAGCCUUUUGUUUCCACCCUCCCUACUCUAGCAUGAAUACUGUCAAUACAAUAAAGUAAAAUUCAUGAAAUCACAAAGUACAUGCAAUUCUUCUGUGUCUGAACCCAGGCUAAUUGAAUUAGGCAAAGGUAACAGUACUUCUUCCCCUCUGCAAGAGGCUGUGUAAAUAGGUUGAGUCAAAGUGCCCAGAACUUGCUAACUCUUCUGGGUGAAAGGGCUGAUCCUUUAAGACUUAACAUUUUAGGAAAAUGUUAUGAGAAGCAUUUAGAGAGAAUUCCAACAAAAUUGCAUCAGUCAUGAAUAGAAUAUUGUCCUUCAGAAUCUUUGAUACCAAGUAGAUGAAAAAAAUAAAGGAAUAAAACAAGACUAAGUAUGACUGAAGGCACAUAACAAGUUGAAAUUGCUCUGAACUGCAGCUUCCCUGAACUGGCUGUGACAUGAGUGGAGUACAGAUGACAAGCUGGAAUCUUCAGUACUGAGACAUAGAACAGAUACAGAUAAUAAGGGGCUGUCAUAUGAAAAACUAUUUUAAUUUAAAAGAGUAUCUGGUGCAUAUCCUUAUGCUCUUCACUGGGAAUUUCUCCAAACAUGAGGAGGGAGCUCAACCCCACCAGGAUGAUGCAAGCAAGAACACCUUGGCUGCUGAAUGGUGGUGCUGUGACAUUGAAUCGAGACCAAGUCAAGCAGCUGGGCUGAAGAUUUGAUGGAUACAUGUGGUUUGAUUGACAUAUUUGGUGUUUCAUCCAGUGCUGAGUUCUGAAGAUUGCAGUCAUUGGAGCAACUGGUGAUAAAGCACUGAAAACUACUAAAAGGAAAGUACCUGGUAAAACACCUGUGAAGUCACCUACACUGAGCUUUUUCUUUAUUUUACAAUUAUCAAGUGUUUCUUUUACUUUAUAGAUCUCGGUUGUGUGACACUAGCAGCAAUUGGUUGGGAAACUGUUUGCUAAGGAAAUAAGCCUCUUAUUUUUCACAAUUAAAAAACCUGAUUCUUGAGUUUA